GGAAAUAUACCGGUAUUCAUCUAACCGUCGACGUUUCAUAUCUCACCACCACUUCUUUAUCUCUCUCUUUGACUUUGGCUCUCGGUAUCUUACUGUGCUCGUGAGUCGUGACGGUUCGGCUGAUAACAAUAAGGCUUCGUAGAUUGCUCCUUCUUUUGUAGAAGUCUCACCAUCUCUGAUCCUCUUUUUUUUUUUUUUUUGAAUACAUCUCACGUUUGAUGGACACCGUCGCUGGAUUCUCCGAUUCGUAUGAAAUCAGCAGCACUAUCUUAUCCGCGGGACCAACGGAUAACACCACCGAAUCAUCCGUCGCUCGUCCAUCAGCAGAGCUCCCGGUGGUGGACGUAUCGGCCUUGCAACUGCUCUCCAACAACCUCGAGUCCUUGUUCGACUCGCCGGAAUCGUCCUACAGCGACGCCAAGCUGAUCCUCGCCGAUGACCGAGAACUAUCCUUCAACCGCUGCAUCCUCGCAGCGAGAAGCCCCUUCUUCAAAACCGCCUUAGCAGCCACCGCCGCCGCCGCCGCUACGAAGAAGAUCGAGCUGAAGAAAAUCGCGACGGAAUACGAAGUCGGAUUCGAUUCGGUGGCGGCCGUUAUGGCCUACGUUUACACCGGGAGAGCGAGGCCGCCGCCGAAGGGAGUUUCGAAUUGCGCAGACGAGGAUUGCUGCCACGUGUCCUGCCGUCCAGCGGUUGAUUUCAUGGUGGAGGUUCUCUACUUGUCUUUCGUCUUCCAGAUUCCGGAGUUAGUUACAAUGUAUCAGAGGCAUUUAAUGGAUGUUGUAGACAAAGUUAUCAUAGAGGAUACAUUAAUUAUACUCAAGCUCUCCAGCAUCUGUGGUCAAGAAAAGCUAUUUGAUAAAUGCACAGAGAUCAUUGUGAAGUCAAACCUAGAUAUAGUUACUCUCAACAAGUCACUGCCGCAGGGGAUUGUGAAGCAAGUAAUUGAUAUCCGUAAAGAGCUUGGUUUGGUGGAGGUACCUGAACCUGACAAACACGUCUCGAAUAUUCACAAGGCGCUCGAGUCCCAUGAUCUCGCGCUUGUCGGUAUGCUUUUGAAAGAAGGCCGCACGAGUCUAGAUGACGCGUGUGCUCUCCAUUUUGCCGUCGAGUACUGCGCUGUGGAGACUGCUACUGAGCUUCUGAAACUCGGGCUUGCGGACGUUAACCGUAGGAAUCAGAGGGGGUACACGGUGCUUCACGUUGCGGCGAUGCGGAAGGAGCCGAGUUUGAUAGCGUUUCUGUUGACAAAAGGGGCGAAUGCGUCGGAGAUGGGUUUGGAUGGUAGGACUGCUCUCUUGAUUGCGAAGCAAGUCACCAAGGCGGCUGAGUAUAAUUGUGUUCUGGAGCGAGGCAAGGAUUCUCCCAAAGGCCGACUGUGUGUAGAGAUACUAGAGCAACCAGAGAGACUAGAUCCGUUGCCUGCAGACGUGUCUCCCUCUCUUGCACUGGUUGCUGAUAAUGAGCUGAAGAUAAGGUUGAUUGAUUUUGAAAACAGAGUUCAAAUGGCUCGAUGUUUCUUUCCAAAGGAAGCACAACUUGCUAUGUCAAUCGCGGAGACGAAGGGAACAAGCGAGUUUAUCGUGGAUAGCCAAGAGCCUGACGGCACUGGUGCAAAGAGGUCAGCACCAGACCAAUACAUGGCACCUUUCGUAUUCCAAGAAAAGCAUCGGAGUAGACUAGAAGCGCUUUCAAAAACUGUGGAAUACGGGAGACGCUUCUUCCCACGCUGUGCGGCAUUGCUCGAUAAGAUUGCGGACUGUGAGACCUUGACUAUACUUGCUUUCCUAGAGAAAGACACCCCUGAGAACCGACUAGUGAAGAGGCAAAAGUACAUGGAAAUACAGGAGAGUCUGCAAAUGGCCUUUAAUGAAGACAAUGAGGAACAACUUGGGAAGUCGUCUCGGUCAGGUUCCUCUUCUUCCACAUCGAAGUCAACAAAGAGGUCUAAUGGUAAACCCUCUCACCCACGUCGUCGGUGACACUAUUUGUUGGGGUAAUAUUUGGUGACUAAUAUAUUUCAAUUCUUAAGAGUCUCUGUCUAUAGUUGGCUCAGUCGUAUAUAUUCGAACUGCAGGCGUGUUUCAAACAAAUGCUGUAAUAUACAUUUGUACAUUGACAAAAAAACAUGAUAGUAUUACAGAGUUACCAAGAAUCAAAGUGCGAUUAGAUGAAGAA